UAUUUAUGAGCGUUUCUUUAUCAACUCGAUCUUUAUACGCCUCUAAUUGAUACCUGCUACAACUUGGUAUAAUACUGUCCCUUUCCAUACCUCGCAUACAUACCCUUUAAUGAAAGUUGGAUCUUUGGUUACCCUGGUGGCUAUGCUGGCGUCUGGGUACGCUGACCUGCCGCCCAACUGGCCCAAUGAUAUAGAUCGGGUGCCUGUCUCUUGGGCACGAAAUGGCUGGUCCACACAGGAUCACACAGGCGCCCGUCCAAUCCAGGCACAUUAUCCACAGGUUGCCCGGGGCAAGGUAUUGGCCGUUUCUGAGGCUGAAUACGAAGGGCAGGCACCACAGGGAGGUGUUGGCAGCGCGCUUGGCCAGAAAUACAAUGCACCUGACGGCAUUUCAGACGACAUCAUGUCCAUUAACACAUCCGAGUACAUCGAGUAUACCGAGACAACAACAGAGACCGAAGACGAUUCGCUCCUGGAGACGUAUACCACGACUGAGUAUGUUAUCAUUUCAUCCUGUUGUGGAUCCUGUUGUGGGUCCUAUUGUUCGUGCGGCACGGCACCGAGCGCAGCGUACAAUGCCGACGCUGUUUGCGCAUCAUCGACAGCUGUGCCGGCAUGUACAACAUCGUGGUGUGCUAUGUCCACGUCAUAUGUGGUAUCUCAGGCACCACCUCCUCCUAUUGUCACUCACACUUCGUACUGCGCAACAAACGAGCCGUUCCUUCCGUAUAUCACCAUCACGACAUCAGUGUACCCUGCUACUGUUUCCCACACAAGUGAAGCAGCUGCUUACUCAACUAGCGCCCCGUAUGCUAACACGGUGACAAAAACAGUGACCUCAUCUGUUACUGGCGCCGGCUACUCUUCGUACUCGUCGAGCAAAGGGACGAGCUAUUCCACCAGCCAAACAAGCGACCACCCAUAUGAACAUGGUACUGGCUCGCACUCGACGAGCUCUUCCGGAAAUGGGCCAUAUCCCGCUGGGCCCUAUGGUCCCGGUUCUGGUCCCGGUCUCAGUCCUAGUCCCAGUCCCAGUCCUGGUCCUGGGCCUGUUCCUACUCCUGGUCCUGGACCUGUUCCUGUUCCUGGUCCUGGUCCUGGGUCUGUUCCGGUUCCUGUUCCGGUUCCUGUUCCGGUUUCUGGUCCAUACAGUUCUGGCCCCGGUAUUGGUCCCUAUCCAGUUCCUCCCUACGGCCCUGACUCUGUUCCUUAUCCAGCUGCUCCCUACAGCCCUAGUGGUGGGCCAUACCCAACGGUACCAUACCAUGGUCCGUACGAUAAUGCGCCAUACGGCCCAUAUAAUCCCCUGUACGGAGGAUCAAACAGCAGCCCGUACGGACCUCCCUACGGACCUCCCUAUGGCGCACCGCCAUAUAGUCCUCCCUACGGCGCACCACCAUACAGCCCUCCAUAUGGAGAGCCUUAUAGCACGCCGUAUGGGCCGCCGUAUGGUAUAGGGCCAGAUGCUGGUGACAGCGGUGGAUAUCCAGCCGGUGGUGCUGGUGGAUAUCCAGUCGGUGAUGCUGGUGGAUACCCGGCAGGUGGUACUGGUGGAUAUCCGGCAGGUGGUACUGGUGGUGGAUCUGAGAGGGGUAGUUCCAACCCGCCUCCAUAUGGCAGUGGACCCAGUGACGGAACCGGCAACGUGCCACGUAUAUCGACUUCUCCUUUUAGCAGUGGCAGCGCACAAAGCAGCUCUACAGCCGCGUCAUCUGAAAACAGCUCUGAUGAGUCUGGUAUUUCAAGCGCACCUUACCCGACCAGGUCGAUCUACACCACCCGCUCCAUGGGCACCAGCGGUGUCUAUUCUAACCACCCUUCGUCUAAUGGUGACACUGGAGGUGAUACCACGUACAACUUCAUCACCAGCUACAUUAUCAACGAGACCACCGCCCCACCGCUAAUCGUGUCGGUUGAUGAUCCUGAACCAGCCUAUUCCAGCAAGGACACGUACUCGGGCACACCCGCUCCUACACGCACAUCCUCGCACGCCUCUAAACCUGCGUCCAUAUCUACACCCUAUUCCACGCCUGCUACCCCCGCAUCGACCCCAUAUGCUGUGCCCGGUGCCUCUCCUGAGGCUGGUCCAACUGCGACACUCGCAGACAAUGACCACGACAAUGACUACGACAAUGACUACGACAAUGACUACGACAAUGACGAUGACGAGGGGCUCCAUGAGCGGGUCACGCAAAAGAAGGUGAUCAAGAAGAUAGUGCGGAAAGCAGCUCUCGCCACCACCACACGCAAGCCUGCCAUGAAGGUAGAGGAUCAGAAGGCUGCAAUUAUGUCCCGGUUCCAGUCGAUCGAGCUCGCCAAGGCCAAAGCGCUGGGCAAGGCCAAAGCGCAGAGUAAGUCCAAAGCGUACCCAGCUUCCAAGGCGCCUGCCAGAGCCAUUCUGCAAGAAAAGCCGAAGCCGCUGAGCAACAAGUUCCAGCGGAGUCGCCCGGUGCGGGUGGGCAAGGCGAAUUACGUGAAGGUUGGUGACCCUGAGGCCAUUGAGAGGGCGGACAAGAUAGAACUCGUCGAUACCAAGCUAAAGCCAGACUUUGUGAUGGACAUUGGGUACAAACUCAAGCGCCCAAGCAGUAGUACUCGGGAUGUUGACGCUUGAACGUGAAGGGGCACUGUCUUGCACUUGUCGUUGUGACCACUUGUUCAUUUUCAUUUUUCAGACAUUCACGUUCAAUUACUUUCUCAAAUCGACAGCACAUAUAUCUCCUUGGCGACUUCGCCUUGGCUGGUUUGCAAAAUAAACGCAGCUUUUUGUUAGCUUCGGAAACUA